AUGGCAAGCAAUGAUUCACAUAUAUUAGUCGAUAUAUCAAAUAGCGACACAAGGCGUAUUCUCACAUCUCUUGAUGUUAUUAUAGACCAAGGCACAUAUUGUAGUGUUGGAUUCUCGAGAAAUAUAAUUAUCACAAACAAUAUCAAGAAAGUGGAAUCGGCUGUUAUCCUUUUGGAAGAAAGUAUCUUGCAUUGCGGUGAUAGUUUUGAAAUCAUCGAUGUCACGUCGCCUUCAUCAAAUGGAAAAAGACUACCAACAGGUCAACUAACAGCGAUGCCUCUAGCAGGAUAUGAGGCAAUCAAAAAAGGAAUACUAUUUAUGGACAUCUUUAUUGCUAUUUCUUACUUCUUUUAA